CUCUCAGCCCAGCGCUGCUGUACUGUGGCCAGCUGGACACAAACAACCAUCCACAGCCCGAGCUAGCCCGAAAAAUACUAAUGUAAGCUGCUUCGCGUUCAAUCCUCCGCGGAUUUCCUGCAGCGCUGUAUGUUAGCGACACUGUAGCAAAGUUGUGAUGAACAAGGAAAUCAUGUCACGUGUGGUGAAGAAGAGGCAGGCAGACCCCAAGGUGGUCCAGUAUGUGUGGGCAGCCAUCGAGGUCAUCCGCAACCAGAAACAAAUUGCAAACAUGGACAGGAUUUCCAAGUACCUGAGCCGUGUGUUUGGCAUGCACCCUAAGGAAACUGCCAGACAGCUGAGCUUGGCUGUGAAAGACGGCCUCGUUGUGGAGACUCUGACUGUUGGCUGCAAAGGCUCCAAGGCCGGCAUCGAGCAGGAAGGAUACUGGCUGCCCGGGGAUGAGAUGGAGCCGAAAGCCGAGGGAAGCAAGGCAAUGUUGCAAAUCACUGAGCAGGACUGCUUUAUGGAGUGGGAGACAGAGAGCCACGACUGGUACUGCUUCGAGUGUCACCUGCCGGGCGACGUCCUCACCUGUGACAACUGCUUCCGGGUUUAUCACCUCAAAUGUCUAUCGGAGGAGUUCAAGCCCAGAGAUGGAGGAUCCCACUGGCAGUGUGUCGUCUGCAGGGGAAGUAAAAAGAAGAACCUGAACAAACAGGAGAUGAGUAAAUACCUGCGCUUCAUCGUCCAGCGUAUGAAGGAGAGGGCAGUGGACCUGAAUAAGAAAGGCAAAGACACUAAACAUCCCAUGUACAAACGGCUGAUCCACACCGCGCUGGACGUCUCAAACAUCCAGGAGAAUCUGUCUGAAGGAAAAUACAAAAGCUUUGAGGAGUUCAAAGCAGACGCUCAGCUGAUUGUUCACAACACUGCCAUCCUGUAUGGAGUUCACAGCGACCAGGCAGAGAUCGCACGGCUUCUCUUCAGCGACACGUGUCAUGAGUUGAAUGAGUUGUUGUUGUGUAAGAACUGCUUCUACCUGUCAAACGCCCGGCCAGACAACUGGUUCUGUUACCCCUGCAGCCCCAGCCACGACUUGGUGUGGGCCAAGAUGAAAGGGUUUGGUUACUGGCCGGCCAAAGUCCUUCAGAGGGAGGACAACCAGGUGGACGUCCGCUUCUUUGGCCACCAGCACCAAAGAGCGUGGAUCCCCUCAGACAACAUCCAGGACAUCAAGGUGAGCGUCCAGCAGCUGCAGGUGAAGCGCAGCAACGGCUGGAAGAAGGCGUGCGAGGAGCUGGAGGUCUACCAGCGCUUCCUGAGGGAAGGCCGCUUCUGGAAAACAAAGAUGGAGGACGCCAGCAUGCCACACCAGCACCUCCAGCAAAACCAGAGCCAGCGGCAGCAGCAGGAGGGCAGCGGGAGGACGGACAGGCUGGAGCGGACGGACGAAGCCGAGUCCAGCAUCUCCUCCACCAGCAACGAGCAGGUCCGACAUCUCAAAGGCAGCCAGGAGCCCAAGGCCAAGAAAAGCCGUCGAUCUCAAAUGGUCGAGUCCAAAGAAGAAGCCAGUGACCCGGAGCCAGAGAUGGAGGCGGUCAGCUCCAGCCAGGAGAUCCCCGUGUCCUCGGCGCCCCAGCAGCCCGAGAAGCUGUCGGUGUCCACGCAGACCAAGAAGGCCAACGGGGGCUCGCCGCGCACACUGCACCGCGGCACCCAGACCAACAGCGACGGCGCCUGCCAGAACAUGUGCCACGAGAAGUACACGAAGGUCUUCAACGACGUCAAGGAGAUGAUGAAGGCCGACAACAAGAGGGAGACGGAGAGGGUGGUCAGAGAGGCGCUGGAGAAACUGCGUGCCGAGAUGGAGGAGGAGAAGCGCCAGGCGGUGAGUAAGGCGGUGGCGGGAGCUCAGGCGGAGAUGGAGAGGAAGUGCAAGCAGGUGAAGGAGAAGUGUAAAGAGGAGCUGGUGGAGGAGGUGAAGAAGCUGGUGGCCCAGAACAAACAGCUCAUCUCCCAGACCAAGAAGAAGCAGUGGUGUUAUAACUGCGAGGAGGAGGCCAUGUACCACUGCUGCUGGAACACCUCGUACUGCUCCAUCAAGUGUCAGCAGGAGCACUGGCACGCCGACCACAAACGAACCUGCCGCAGGAAGAGAUGAACAUGCCCCGCCCCUUCGGACCCUACACAGCACGCCAUUGGCUCUCGCCCUCUCCUCCUCCUGUCAGUCAGUGUCUGCAACACACACGCACACGCACACACACACACACCUCUCCUGCUUCUCUACUUGCCUUCCUGAAAACUUUGUGGACCCGAUGAUGUUUUCUGCGAUAACGAGCAGUUUGUUCUCUUCUUUGUUUCUCUUAUUUAAUGUACCCAUUGUACUGAUUUUCUUUCUAUAUUUUGUUUAUUUUUUUCUCUGAAUCGUGAACAGAUUGCUCGAGAGCACCGGGUUACGCUAUGAUUUGUUUUUGUUGUUUUCUCUUUACUGAAGUGCAACUUUUGAGCUUGUGUCAGAGAAUGUGUUAUUUAAGUGUUCAGUAACAGACGAGCAUUAACUGAAAACAUUUUAUUACCUGAAUUUAUAGAAAAAAAAAUCACUUUUCUUACAGCAAAUGCAACAAAUACACACCGUCGAUCUUACAGAAGUGUAACACGUACCGUAAGUACCGUGGCAGCAUUGAACUCGCUCUGCUUUCAUAGAGAAAACUAUUUAAAAACUGACAAAAAACUGCAGAAGAUCCUGAACAGUGGACGACGUGGCUCACAGACGUUAAUAUAUUUUGUUUUGUUUCUUCUUUUUCAUGAAACUCUCGCGGUGGAUCGCACCUUUUAUCAUUUCUACCUAAAAUCUUAUCGUCCUUAUUGUCACUUAUUGGGAACAGGGUCACGGGGUCGGCCUGAAAAGACGCCGACAGAAUAAAUCUUCCAUGUACUAUUAUUAUUAUUAUGAUUAAUGUUAUUAUGCACAUUUUUCGGAUUUUUUUUGAUAAACUAAUUUUUAUGAGUCAAAUACUAAAAAAGAAAUGUCAAGUUUUUAAUUAGUUCUAAAUCGGGGAAAUGUAUAGCAAUCUUUACUGAGCUGGAUCUUAGAGAGGUUCCAUGAUUUGACAGUUUUUCCACUUUUUUGCACACUUCAUUUUCUUAACGACCCAGAUGCUUGUAAUAUUGCCAAAAAAAGCCGAACGUUUUGUUGAACCUACCUGAGAAGAUGUUGUGAGUCGUCCCUCCUCCACGCUUUCCUGCAAACUUAAACAUUCUGUACAUUAUUCCGAGCGUCGUGGCGUCAUUUUUGCGGUGACGACACUCGAAACUCUUUCUUUUUUAACCGAGGUGACUCGCGUCGAGACUCUUUCACUGUCGUUGGUGGUCAGUGCCUGUUUCUCUUUUUCUUUUUUUCACCCUCUUCCUCCCAGUAAGGCUUCGUGCAUGUUGAUAGUUUCAUAGUUCGUCUUUUUUCAUCAUUAAACGAAACAAAAAGGAAAAAAAAAAAAGGAAAGAAGGCCAGAAGCUGUCUGG